AUGCUCCUCACGCCCUAUCUCUUGAAGGGCAUCGCCGCCCUCAAGAGUAUCUUCAUCCUCACCUCAAGCGCUUCUGCAUCGCGGUACUCCCAGCACGUCAACAGGCGCACGAUUGGCUCUGGAUUUCUAGUGCUCGGUCUCGCCUAUGUUCUCACCCUUGGUGCAUCAGACGACUUACCUCUGGACACGCUCAGCCAUCUUCUGGAGUCUCCGUCGAUGGAUCCCGAUAGGUGGCAGACGCGCCCGGGAGACCUCGCUCCUCCCUUCCCAAAGGUCGACUGGCUGAUUGUUCCGUCGGCUGGGGGCACGGCAGAGCCUGACGCAUAUGUCCCCCGUCUAUCGGGGACACUUCGCAGUAUGACAUCGGCACCCCUCCGGCUCUCGUGGAUGUGGACGUACCCGAGCUCGACUGGUCGAUUCCCGAGGCUCCCACUAUCCAAACGCCCGAGGCCGCGGAAACGAAGCCCGACUACGUCUCUUAUGAUGUCUAUCUCACCAGAAUCGCCUGGGCCCCUAACAACACCUUCUGGAGCGAGCAGGUCCCUUUUGCUGCCGCGCCUGACGAUGUUCAAUUCGUGCGACAUCACGAGCUGUCCAUCCUGA